AAAAUAUCACCUGACUCGCGUAGCUUGAUAGUCUGACUAAAGUUAAGUGAUAAAAAUGUCUCCUCGCAGAUUAGCAAGUAUAAAGUUACGAAGAACCAAAUCAGCCGGUGAUUUGGACGUAAUAAACUGCUGUUUCGAAUCAAAGUGUGGGAAAUGUGACUGUCCCAGCUCUCAUAAAUGCUCGCCUGCGAAUGAUACGCUGCUGGACAGCUUUGCAAAAUGUCGUAAACAGAUUUUGAGUUUGAAGCAAAAUAACCAGAAAUUAAGAGGUAUCCUGAUGAAUCAACUGCAGCGUGUAGUGAAAGUAAUAAAAGACGACUCUCAACUAACUUACAGAAAUAUAAUUGCAAGCUUCAUUGAGGAAUCUACGAAAACACUAGACGAGUUGAACUUUGAGGGCUCGGAUGAUUCCGGGGAGUCAAAUCAACAAGCGAGGAGUCUCCUGGCGGCUAUCGAGCCUAAAAGCCUGCAGAUCGACGCGGACAUACGGGAUGCUCUUACUAAGUUGACGCAGAAAUAUGAGCAUCAAGAACAAGAAUCCGCUCUGUUACUGAAGCGAAUGCUCAAACCGCCGAAGCCUGACGAAAGCUCUAAACGAGGAGCAUGUCUUGAAGAUGGAAAAAUUACAAGACAGUGGUGGAAAAACUUGUCCAAAAACAAUGAUCAGAAACUUGAUCCUAUCCAUGAUACUAUGAAGACUAAACACAAGUCAGGUUACGAGAAUAAGAAGUUGGCAACACCCGACUUGUUGCCGAAGCUUGUCCUUCCUCCGCUAGUGGUGGAGACAGACCACCUCUACGACGGGGAGCAGAAGGUGCCGCCCAGCCCGCCGCAGCCGGUGGACCCCGAGGUGUCAGUUAUAGAUCAUCUGAUGCAGUCGGCAGUAAUCAACAAGAAGCUGUCGGACGGCGACUUCAACGGCUCGUUUGAGGAGGCGCUCUCGCACUGCAACCUGGCGCUGCUGAUGGGAGCGUGCCGCGCGGCCGAGCCCGCCGCCGUGUUCAGCCCGUGCCGCCUGUCGCAGGCCGUGCUGCUGUCGCUGGUGCAGCAGCUGGCCACCGACAUGGUGCACGACACGCAGCUCAAGUGCAGAUAUUUAGAAGAAGCUCUAAUAAAUCUGGACGUAACGGAUCAAGUUACUCAGAAGCAUCUACCGUUAGUUGUGGAAGAAGUUCGCAAGCAUCUUUCGAAGUUUGUUCGCGCCUACCCACAUCACGUCGCCAACCGUCGCAUAUCUUUGAUAGUUAUGGCGGCUGAUAAUUUGAUCAAAUGAAACUAAAUUAUGUAUAAUUUCUUUAUACAGUUUCUUUAUGUUUAUGGUUAAAAUAUAUUAAAAACCUACCUACAAGAUCGUUGUA